AUGGAAGGAAACUACGACGAGUGUCUUGAAACGAGGGCUUUCAUCCCGGCUGGCGUCCGUUUCAUUGGAGGUGUCAGAAACUCAUCCAGAACAUUCGACUCACGCUACUGUCGUGUGGGAAUUCCCGUUGGAUCUCAAUUCAAGCUUGGACUUCCGGUAAUGUUUUCUGCUUUCCCUGAAGUCUUAGAAAAUAUAGCGGCACUGAUAUUUGGGACGUGAAUGUGAAAUGCAUCGUCAUAUUAAAUAAUAUGGAAUGCCGCUCAUGUAUGUGUAUAUGCAUAUGUAUAUAUAUAUUUGGAGAAAAAAAAACGAUUGUGAUAUUCUGAUUUUCAGCCGUAGCCGAAACCAAACCGAAAGCUAAAAAUUUUCUUUUAGCCGAAACCGAAAGUUGUAUAACCCAGCACAAGAUAAAAAAAUUAUGUUGUAAAAGAAGGGCGCAAUAAAAAAAUCAACAUUAUCUACCAUAUUUUAAAGAUAAGCAAGUAAUUCCUCAACCAGAAAUAAUCAUUAUGGACAUGGCCUUGCAGUAAGAGUCGUUAAACUGCAGUUAGUUCAGCGUUGAUUGGUAAGUAAUUGAAGUCAAACAAACGAAUGUUGUAGUUCAGAAACGAAAAUUUAUCCGCAUUAUUUACCUUUGCCAAUGAUAAAAUUGAUGACUAUAUUCAAUGAUAAUGAUAAAUCAUAAUGAAUUUCACGAAUGAAUAAAUUGAAUACAUCGUCAAUAUUACGAAGAUGUUCUAUGAACCUUUCUCAUAGCCUUCUCCAAGUUUCGCCUGAGUAACAGGAGCGGCAUCUACUGCACAUUAUCGCUUAUAUCACAUUUCCACUAACACUCGUGGCGCCCUCGUUGAUGGUAAAUGCACCUUUAAGGAGGUUAUGGUUUUGAUCUAGAGUGAAUGGGGACAAGUCCUACUUCGGCUUCUUGAGCAUGGUUUAGUCCCAACGUAAGGUGGGUCAACUCGAAGGCGACUGUGAACCAGAGGGUCACCAACAGUUUUUUUCCCGUCUGAAGACAAUUUGUGGAGGGGAUAACAACAUUCUGUAGGUGUCAGGGUCAGCAAGAAGUAUGCGUCGAUUCUUCAUGAAUUUUUUUUUUCGCAAUCAAAUUGUGAGCGUGCCAUUCAGUGUGAUGAUGCUGAUUGCGACUGAGUGCCGAGAUAAGAGUAGUUUCGGGAUAAGAUCUGGAGCGGAGGAAGUCUAUCAAUUCAUUAGCGCUACCUAAAAAGUCUUCAUUAAGCUUUCGGAGGCGACGUAGUCUGAGAAGUUGUUAUUGUAUCAAGAAAAAGUCCCAGUGUAGGUUUCACUUUGAGGUUUACAUACUAUAGGCCCCACAAUAUACACAUCAAUGCGUAUGGUAGCUGGUGCACUUUCAUGAGUUCGUCCCCCCGGUUGUUAUUUAGUCAAUGUACGCCCCUUCUUCCUCGUCCCUACCCAGAACAUUCACCAUAUUUCUCAUUUCUUUGAGUUCGAGUCUAUCUUUUGUUAAAUUUUUCAAAUGAGGUAUGAACAAGCACUUUACUUUCACAUUUCGGUGUCUUAUUCAUUGACUCAACUAGCAGACUUUAAAACUUUUUUUUCCUCUAUUUCUUUCUGACGUCAUCAAAGAUACGAGUAUCUCUAACUCCGCCCCUUGGUGAUGAUCGUCUUGGGAUUGGGUUGUUUCCCUUUCUUUUGUUGCUUCCCACGCAUCUCUAACUUGUUAUAUACUGACAUGCCCGAGAUGGCCCUCAGUAACAUCAUGACGUCAAUACACGUACGUUCAAGAUAAAAUUUAGACCCCCUCCCCCCUUUCCAAAACAUUUUUUCACACCUUAUCAUGGGACCCCUAUUAUGACGGGGCACCUAUUAUCACGGGGCACCUAAUAUCCAGAGGUCCUAUUAUCAUGGGGCGCUUAGGAACAUACCUCUAUUGCCUUUAGAAGCCGCACCAUGAAAUGUUUAGAUAUUUUUUAUUUAUUUCUCCAGCACGUAGUAAACAAAUUUUGGACCGAAAAGGAAAGUUUUCACCUGAGAUUUAACUGGGGCGUAUGUGUGCCUGCUUCAUGUCAUUCUGAGGAUGUCAAGAUUUUUCUUAACACUGGUUGGUUGCUACUACUAAUAGCAUUAGAGGUUAAAAAAAAAAAACAUUUACUACUUUAAUACAACAUAGGGGUCAGUCUUACGGCAUCCAUGGCGAGCAAAUGCAUACAGAAUAAAGAUCUACCAUGUAUCUUUAGGUUACGUUACUGUACGAGAAAAGUAGAAAGACCUCAGAGGUUUUGAUUUUGAGGUAUUGAAAAGAGCGCAUGAUACUGAAUGUUAAGUCCUGCGUGCUUAAAAUUGUAAAACAAGUAACAGCAACAUUCAAUAUCACUAGGAAAGGUUUGAGAAGAGAUUGCUUUAAGUCUUUAGUCAUGUUGGUUCUCAUAGUUGUAAACACGAUGAAAUGUCACCUGCCCAUGUUUCUACAGGUGCGCUGAGAGGGUUGAAUCUGGACGUGGCGGACGCUGUCUGUUUUGAUGAACCGUCUCU